AUGGCUUACCACACCACAUUUACCGCAUCACUAAUGGCGACAGCUAUUAUUGUACUACUAGCCGGCGGGGGGCAAUUGCGCACUUCCCUUGGAGCUCCCUUUUGCGGCGACACUCCGGCGACAUAUCAGGAGAUGUUCGCUAGUGUUGUGCAUAGUCUUAUUGACGAUCUGGUCCAGUACACGCCAAGCGUGCUCCCGGAUGAAUUCACCUACAGCCGCACGGUUCCAAGUUUUGGCGGUCGUGGUUCCGCUGUAGGCACUGGCACUUGUUAUGAUCAAGGAGAAAUAAAAAAAACUAUUGAGGAUUGCGGCAAAUGUCUCUCUGAAUUGCAGCCGUAUUUGGAGUUAUGCGCAAAGUACUUUUCUUCCGGGGGAGCUUUCUAUGAAGGGAGGUGCAUGAUUCAGUUCCAGGAAAAUUUACAGUAG